AUGUAUGUAGAGGAUAAUGUUGAAGGUGAUGCACAUCAAGAUCAGGGCCAUGAAAUCAGGCAGGAAGAGGGGUUGGACAACCAGGAGGAUGAGGCGGCUGACACUCCGUUAUACCCUAAUUCUAAAACACAUACAAAGUUAUAUAUCACUGUUGAAUUGUAUAUGCAAAAGACAGUUAGUGGUAUAUCUAGAAAGGAUUUUGAUGAACUUCUCAAGACAAUUGCUUCGUUGUUGCCACCAGGUCAUUGUCUUCCUAAAAGCACAUAUGAAGUGAAGAAGCUGCUGAAAUCUUAUCAAUUGACUCACCAGAAAAUACAUGCCUGUGAGAAUGAUUGUUGCUUGUUUAGAAAGAAGUUGAAAGAUGCAGAUGAAUGUCCUAAAUGUCAUUAUUCUAGGUGGAAGCAAGACACAUCUAACAUGGAGGACGAUACGUACAUGAUAGACAAGCCCAAAAAAGAGAUAUCGGUGAAGGUUCUUAGAUACAUCCCCAUUGUACCGAGAUUGAAGAGAUUGUAUCAAUCAGCUGAGCUUGCUGAGCAGUUGAUAUGGCACGCGACGAACAAGAGUAAAGAUGGGAAGAUACGUCAUCCUUCAGAUUCUUUGGCUUGGAAGCACAUAGACAGAAGAUUUCCCGCAUUUGCUUCAGAUUCGCAUAAUCUGCAUCUUGGGCUUGCUGUUGAUGGAUUCAAUCCGUUUGGCGAUCUUUCCGCAACCCAUAGUUGUUGGCCGGUGAUGAUCGUGGUUAAUAAUUUGUCCCCUAAGAUGUGUAUGCAAGACGAUAACAUUAUUCUGAGCAUGUUGAUUCCAGGAAAAAAACAACCGGGUAAGAACAUUGAUGUAUACUUGCAGCCAUUGAUUGAUGAUCUGAUUGAGUUGUGGGAGAAAGGCGUGAAGGUAUAUGAUUCGUUUAGUAAAACAGAAUUUAACUUGAAGGAUUUAUUGAUGUGGACAAUUAAUGAUUUCCCUGCACAUGGUAAUCUAUCUGGAUAUACGUAUAAAGGGAAGGAAGCCUACCCUCUUUGUGGUGAGAAUACACUUAGCAACUGGUUGUCGUUUAGUCAUAAAACUAUAUACAUGAAUCAUAGGAGAUUCCUUCAUCAUAAUCCUCCUCUUCGAUAG